GACAAGCAGUGAAGCUAAGGAACAACAAGAUCAAACAAACCAUACACCCAUCUAAGAUGCCUGUCGAGAUCAACACCCCCGAAGAGUUCAACGCCGCUAUCGGCGAGAAGAAGCUGACGGUCGUGCAGUUCUCUGCGCCGUGGUGCGGCGGCUGCAAGAUGGUGGCCCCCAAGGUGACCAAACUGAUGGAGUCGGACUUCGCUGACGUCAAGUUCCUCAAGGUGAGCGCGGAGGAGCUAGAGGAUUUCUGCGAGGAGAUCGACGUCGACAGCUUCCCAACGUUCCGCGUGUACAAGGACGGCGAAGUGGCGGCGUCUUACGUGAGCUCCAAGUUUGAGAAGGUAGAGCAGUUCAUCCGUGAGAAUGCGAAGUAAGCGUGACGGCGAUUUGCGACCGUCUAUCAAAGCUCGCGCAUGGUGAUCUACAAGCUUGAUGACCUACGCUAAGAUGGUGGAGAGCGAGUGAGUUUGGUCCCCGGCAUUGCGUAUCGGCAGUGGACUGAAGGAUGCUACUAAUAUAUUGAAAUAGGAAACCAUUUUAACGAAGACCCUGAGCCUCAGGCUCAUUCUCAACCGGAAAUAUAGACCGCAUGCGGUCCCAGGAGGACAAAUAGAGUCUUCUAAUUGGCUUACGGGGUAGGUGGUCGCAUGCGACGAAGUUCAUAAAAAGACGCUCAUGCGGCAAUUUGCCCGCAUGCGCUAAACUUGCCGCACAGUAGAGUGUAGGGGUCGAGU